GCCUGUGUACGACGGCAACAGCUUCGGUGAGUAUUCCGACGUCGACGCUCCAUCCCCCCCGAAAAUAAAAUGCCACCGUUUAAAAGUUCCGCUUGAAAAACAGGGUUUCGAUGUCCAGUUAAGCACAUCUCAGCACAAUUUGCACAGUUCAUCCCUCUAUCAAGCCUUCUACACCAUCUCAUUCAGCGAGCUCCACCACCAUAUUCAGAAAAGGCACAGUCGAUUCCGUUAUUGACUGUCUGAACAGACGGCAGUACGAAACUGAAAGCACUUAGUUGCUCAUUGAACAUGCAUAUCUUGAAAUUUGAAAGCGCCGAGAUGCCUGCCGUGCUCCCAUUGGAGCAAGCGUCAAGAUGAGUGCGGCAGCUGCCUGCGUUGCAGCCGUGCUCGAUCCUAAACUCUUUUUGUGGUCCUUUCCACUCAGAACCUGUUCACUUUUUCCAAUGCGUGCUUCCCGACUGCGGCACUUUGGGGAGAGAUUUCUUCAUCCUUCACAGAGCGAAUGCACGACUUCUUUCCUUUUUCUUGGCUCCUGUCGAAGUUUGCCCGGAACCCCAACACACUCCUCCCUCACUGUUCGUCAACAAGUUCACUUACGGGCCUGCUCGUACAAGUGUUCCGGACUCUCAACUGAGCAGCUAAAUCCCCACAACGGGGACGGUUUUUGUCCUCAUGCUGUUCCUUUCACCUGUUGCAUUCUUCCCUUCUUUGCAUGAAACACAGAAUUCUGAUCUGUCGUUGAACAUCGCAACACGCGUGGCCAUUGAAGGACACAAUUGUCUCGCAGCCGUCGGCAAACCACCAUUAACGGAACACACGCCUGCGCUCUGCAGCCACGCAGACUGCAAAGGAACUUGCAGGUGUAAAGCUAGUGCCGCUUUUCCAAAACAGGAGCUGGAAGAAACUAAUGAGGAAUCUCGAACCCGUGACCCGGGUUACCCCAGCGAGCCUCCUGGAAGAACCAAGACGUCGAUAUACUGACGUGACUUUUCUCACGCGUUUGCCGCGUGUCGGUCCUGCGAGUUUGUCGCUUUCUCUUCGUUUCUCGUCUUCUUGUCGUUUCAGCAUUUCUCGGGUGAGUUGGUCGGUCGCUUCCACUCUCGCUUUUCGGGACAGUUUCUCCCCGUGGAGGGGUCCAGCCGAGUGUUCUUUGGUCCAGGGGCUCCCGCGUACAUCGUUUUCCUGCUACGAAAAGGCGUUUCCGUCCGUUUUUAAUUCCGUCUUCUUUUCGCGUCAACCGCAUCUAUCCGUUUUGCUUCUUUGCAUCUUUUCAGUGUCACUCUCUCUUUUCCGUGAGAGGAGCUUAGGAGGGACGGUUUGUUUGAGCCGAGUUCGCAGCAGCUGGCGACCCCGCCGACUUUUUCACGCGCGACGCAUGCAAGCGCAGCGAUCUCCGUGUCGAAGAGUUUUUCAGGACGCCAGAAUCCUUGUUCUUGAAGCUUUCUUGACACAGAACCAUCACGCGUGUGUGUUCGACACUCUUUCGCCUUCCAGCAGCCCAGGACUGCGGCGUACAAACGCCGCGCCGACGCCCGUUGCCUUUCGGCCGUUGUUUGACUCCCCGCCGACUCUAACUCUUCCCAUCUACGCCUCUGUCUCGAACUUUCGUACCGGUGAAGAGGAAGCGAACAGGAAGGAGGCCAACCUCUCGAUUGACAGGAGAAACCGAGAGGAGUUUCGUGGUGGGGGCGCGGGGCCGAAAAAAAGUCAGCCUAGCAGGGGCUCGCCGCGUGGAAGGCCGCACUCCGACACCAUGGACAGGGAAACGAUGAACGCAGCUUCGUCCCUGUAGGUGGACAACGUCUACAGCAGCGAACAUCCAGAAACACAAGCGCUUCGUCCUUUUGUCCAACGAUGUGCCGACUGACAUGCGUCAUCACGAGCGGCCAGCCGCUGCUUCUGGCGGAUAUUUUGACGCGCCCUCGGAUGGGCAUUAUCCACCAGUCCUUCAACUGCAAGGAACGGCUUCCCCACCGAACUAUCCGUCAAGCGUAUCAGCAGGCGUCUCUCAAUGGAGACGGCUUCGGAGUAGGGUGGUACUCGUCGCCUUCUUGUCUUGCCCACACGGCAGCGUGCUACGAGGAGGACUCCUUCGACUCUCACGCCUACGACUGCAUGCGGGAGACAAGCAUUUCGGCGAACGGAGACAGAGCAACUCCCGCCAUCACUGACAGGAACGACCCUGGAGAGCGACGCCGAACUCAGCCACUCACCUCCGCAGCUGUCGGAGACGCAGAGCCCUGUGUCUUCACUUCUCUCAAGCCUGCGUGGGCAGACCGGAAUCUCUUCAUUCUCGCUGAGAAGAUUGCCAGUCGCCUCAUCUUCGCUCAUGUGAGAGCUGCGAGCACCAAUUUGACUGGCAGCUGCGCGAGCGCGGCGGCGAAGGCGAUCUCUGCAGGCGAGGCCGAGAGCGGAGGUUUGCCUGCGUGGGCGACAUGCAGCAGCAGUGUCAGCACCGAGCUCUGUUGCCACCCUUUCCGCUGUGGGAGAUUUCUCUUCAUGCACAAUGGCGGCAUCGGGGAUUUCGAGAAAAUUCGAAGGCCGCUGUUGUCGCUGCUUCCGGACCCCUUUUUCACUUAUGCGAUCACGAACAGCAGCAUCGACAGCGUGUGUUUGUUCGCGCUCUUUCUCUCGCUGCUGCCCCACUCGCCUCUAGAGCCUUCGACGCCUGCGACGAUGCGCAACGCUGUCGAGCAGAUGAUCAAUGUGACAUGCUGUCUUCUUGAAAAGUACAAGUGCACCUCCAUCACGCUCUUGAACGUCGUCGUCACGGACGGCGCAUGCGUCGUCGCGACGAAAUUCGUCACGCGCGGCUGCGAGAGUCCGUGCGAGCGUUCUUGCCGCGGUCCUGAAGCUGUGGGCUCCAAACAGGGCGAAGCCGAGACUCGAAGGAGACACCUGCCGGCCGGCGGCGCGCGCGGUCCUGGGUCCGCGAAGCCCAAAGACGAAAAGCUCCCGGCGGUCUACUCGCAGUGGUAUAAGGCGAUGCUCGAGGCGACAGACGCCUGCGGAGAACAAGAACAGACUGGAGAGUUCGAGGAAGAUGGUUGCCAAGCCGCGAGUCUCUACUUCGCCACGGGAACCUGCUGGCAGCAGCAGGGAGAAGACCCCGAGAGCUUCGUCAUGACACACUCCGACAAAAGAACCGACAUCUGCAUCGUGACGAGCGAGCCGUUGACUGCGAAUCCCGACGACUGGAUGGCGGUGCCUCGAAAUCACCUAGUUCUCAUCACGCCGGCGAUCGAUUUGAUGCUGCACCCCAUCACGGUGUCGCUGUCGAUGCCCCCGUAUUUUUUCUUCGCGUCGUCUCCGUCAGUGUCCCCCUGGACACCGUCUCCCUUCGCGCAUGUCGCAUGCAACUCGCCCUGCGGCCCUCUGGUCCCUGUGAACGCGAGCGGCGCCUGCAUGCGUGUCUGUCCGUUCCCAGCUUCAUCGCAGUAUGAGACGCACCUCGAGACCUGUUUCCUGAAGCAGGAAGAGCCAGAGUCCGUCGGGGACUCACCUGUCCCUCUAUUUCCGUGUGGGGUGAAGCCGCUCUGUAGGGUCGAGGCCCCGCGCCCGGUGCCCGCUUGCAUGCUCUCCCAUCCCCAAGGGCUCGAGAAAUCGGCGAAGUCUAACGCUUCUUCUUUGUUCGCGACCGAACACACAGACGCACGAGCCAGCGUUGUGUCCUCCCUCCCCAGUCCCGUCCAGACGCCACCGCCGCCUGUCGAGGACGGCCUCGCCUUCUCUCCAGUGCCUGAACAGCCACCGCAUGCAUGGCCAGUGGUGUGCGCCUCAGCUUCGAGGCAGGCUGGGGGUCUGCAAGCGGCCUGCGUCAAUGGCGUGGACCGCGAGAAGACUUCGACGAAGCCUCUCGCUGAGGCGUUCGCAGCUCGAGAAGGAGACCGGGAAAUGGGGGCGUCGCAGGGCGACCGGUUUGGCCGCUUUGGGGUCUCAGCCGCGAGUCGUUCGGAUUCGAAACGCACGCAAAGGCGUCCAAGCUCUGGUGUCGGCGCCCUCGCACUCGACGCCUCGCCGCGCCCGUGUGAAAGUUCAGACUCCUUCCCAGACGACUGUUUGCCUGUCUGUCCUCAAUCGUCUCCACCUUUUUGUUCAACUUCUUCCUCUUCACCUUCUGCGUCGUCUUCAUCUUCGUCGUCUUCUGCCGAUACUGUAGGGUCGACUGCACUGCAGUGCGGUUGUUCCGGGAUCGUGCCAGUUGCGCGUGUGGACUGUGUUUCGGCGGAGGAGGACCUCCCGGCAUUUUUUGCAUCUUCGCCUGCGUGGUACGCUGGGGCGCCCCUCUCCGCAGCUGCCUCCAGUUUUCGAGUACUGAGUUCAGAAGAAGAAAAUCUCCACGGUCAUCGCGCGUUCUCGCCGUUGUCUCAAAGCGUCUCGCUGCCGCCCUUCCUCUCGUGCCCCUCGCCCCUGGUCUCGCUGUACGCACCCGGCGCGUUUCGCUCUGCGGCCUACUUCCCCCUCGUCCAUACUCUCCGUGUCAGCCGCAGCGCCAUUCUGAGCAUGACGGCGGUGACCGUCCGCUUCCACCUUGACACUUGCAGCUGCGCGUGUGGGGAGUCCUUCUCGCCGCUCGCGAGUGAGGACGCGACCUGCCUCGAGCCCGGAGCCGCGCCGCGCGCCGCGACGUCGGUGGAGCGCACGCAGAGCUCCGCCUCGAGGCUCACGCAGGCGAGACACACCCAGCAGUCCAGAGGUCUUUACCUCACUUGCAGACUCCUGAUUGCGGGUCGACAGGACGGCAGCAUCACCGUCGUCGAAACUCCCUCUGCGUGUCUGUCGCGCCGCAGGUGCUUCCAAGCCCACACGGGCGGCGUCCUCAGCUUGAGCGCCUUCGCCGUGACUGCUGUUGUAGGGCCGACAAAUGCGUCGAGAAAGUGCACGAGCGGGCGGCGGCGGCAGCCUCAGGACGAUGGCGCGUCCGCCAAACACCAGAGAGAGGGCAUGCGGAGGAGUUGCAGUGGAGAACGUCCAGAGAGAGAGGAGGGGGCGACGGAGACGCAACGGCUGCCAGAGAAGGCAGAGGCGACAGCGGGGCCCUCGAGCGAUUCAGGGUAUGUGUGUGUGUGUUGCCGGCGACUCCUUCCAAAGAUUUAUCUCGUCAGUGGAAGCAGUGAUACGUCGGUCGCCCUCUGGGACAUCUCCUCCCUUCUCCUCUCCUCUGCCGCCGCUGCGGCUGCCGCAGCCGUCGCCGCGCCUGUCUGGACACCCGCGAUGGGCGAAGAACAGAAGGGGCGGGAGUUGCGGCGAGACAACACGAACCAUAUCGAAGACGCAGAGACCGAGCUGGACGCGAACGACUUGUUAGCUCUCCGGAUUCGCCUCAGACCCCACCAGGGAGACGUUCUCUCCGUGUCCGGGUACCCUGCCUUCGCGCAGUCGAACGAGCUCCUGGAAGUCGACGAAGGACUCGGCUCGCGGGAAGGAAGGCCGCGCUGUCGGCGACGGCGGCCUCGUACGGGCGGUGAAGAGGCCAGCGGCGGCGCGUCGCGACAUGCGGUCCAACGCCUCUUGCGAGAGAGACGUGGUUUGCAUGCGCUCGACUCAGGCGCAGGCUGCGUGUACACGUACUACCACUGUUCGCGGUGCUGCGACUUGUGGGGCCGGAGGCCGACUCGGGCGUUGCGGGGCGGCCCGGACGAUGCACAUCGGUGGACAGAGACUGCGCGAUCUCAGUCGUUUUCGUCACCCUUCGUCGCAGUGCCUUCGAAGGGCGCCCCGACGGCCUCCGCGCGCAUGCCCUCGGGUCUGGACGUCUCGCCGCUCUUCGUCUCGGCCUUCUCGGCGCCUGCCCUGCUGUUUUUAGGUUUCCAGUCCACGAAAGUUGGCGUCAUUUCGAUCCCCUCGUUGUUGCGGUACAUGGCGUACGUCGACGCCUUUCUGAUGGUUCUCGACCGCCUCCUCUGCGGCUCGUCGUCCUCAGGGUCCGGCACCUCCUCCGCCGCCUCCUCGCGGUCAUCGUCGGAGGUGGGGCGCGCCGCGCCGCACGCGGAGAGCCGCGACGAGAUGGACCUGCAUUGCAUUCGACUCCGCCACGAAGAAGAAGGCAAGAAAAUCUUUGCACUCGCUGCAGCGCUGCUCAGAGAGGCAGUCCUCGUGGACACGCAGGACCGCACUGUGUACCCGCGGAAGAAGCCGAAGCGCGGGGCGCGACAUCCCGGGCACCCUUGCUGCUUCUCCGGAGGUGUGUUUGCCUGCAAAGCGCCAGAAACCUUCGACGUCUUCCCCCUCAUCAACGCCUCCCUCCAAGAGGAACUUCGACGCUCCCUCAGGCGAUACCGGAACCUCUCGCUCCUCGAGUCCUUCGCGGAGACGCGCUCCUUCGACGAGUGCGCCGCUCGGGGGCGACAGGAGAGCAGGUCUCCCGCGACCUCCACGAACCCCCAGGAGAACACCGGAAUCCAGGAGGCUCACAGGGACGAGCCGGAGGACGCGAACGGUGUGGGGUCUCGUGGGGGCCAGGACCUGCGCCGGACGACUCAGGACGAGGCGACACCCCCGCGCAGCCACUGCUUCUCCGAGGCCAUGGUGCUCCAGGGCUCCGCGGGUCCGUCGCUGGCCGGGGAGACCGCUCAUGGUCUGCUGCUGGCGCGGACGCUCAGCGAGACGCUGUCUCCGCAGCGGGCCUGCUCGCUCUUCGCCCUUUCGAAACCUGCGUACUGCUCCGAGAGGUCGGCGGAAGAGGAUGCGAAGGCUGCUGGCGAGCCGGAAGCCUCGAACGUCUCGCUGUCUCCUCUCCACGCCCUGGGCUGCUCUCUGCUCAGCACCCGCGACCUGCAACUCGAGUGCCGCUUCCUGCCCUUCGCGCCCGAACCGGCCUCGGCGUGUGUGCCUUCUCCGGGCCUUCGGGAUCGGACUGAGAGAGGCGCAGGCGAAGAGAAAGAGAUGCUCGAUCACCUGUGUCUCUACCGCGGGAGCAGCUUGUCCCCUCUCCCCGGCAGUUCAGAACGUGGAAAAGGGUCUCCGUCGACCGCGUAUUUGUCCUCGCCGCCUUCCCCGAUAUCUGUCACUUCGAGGGGAGGCUCUGGCGUUUGGGGGUCGCCUGGGGAGCCUGAGGUCCAGGGCGUCUUCCCGAGCGGAGACGGAAUCGGAGACAGCUGUCCAAGUCCCGAAGGAGGAACUGCGCGAGACCCCUGCACCUCGCCACAGGACUCCGGGCCGUCCUCGCCCUUGCUGCAAGGCUGUCGAAGGGUGGAGGUCGAAACUGGAACGAGCGAGUUGACACAAACACCGGGGACAGAGUUGCGACUCGUGUCGUCGUGCGCAGCGGGCAGUGGCCUCGCAAGGAUCGCCUGCAUGCGGGGGCCUUCGCCGGCGUCCCCGACCCUGCGAACUCUCCCAGGGGCAGCUGACCCGCCGGGCCAUGUCGGCUUCGUGGAGUGUGUGGUGCCCUGCGGACCCUACCUCUGUUCGGGCGGCGGCGACGGUCGCGUAGUUGUCUGGAAUCCACGGACGGGAGCAGUGCGGGGCGAGCUGCGCGGGCACCGCGGUGGGGUCCUCUGUCUCUCGUUCUACGCGGAAGAAUUGCAGUUGGGACACAACUCGGCGCCGCCGAGGCAGGGACGCUGGGCGCGCCUGCGGGGGCGCUGCGGCUUCAAGGCCUCUCCUGUCGAGCACCCGAGCUGCGGUGGGGCGUACGCGAGCCUUUACGCGGAGACCGAAGCGAGGGCAGGGAGGCGCUCGGAGACCGUGUCUCCGUCGUUGAGCGAGGGGACAGGUGCCGGGCGAGGCGACGCGUCUCCCGGUUGUGCGGAGCCGGACCGCAGUCGCUCCGGUAGCCGCCGCGAGGCGGACGGGGAGAGCGAAGGCCUGCUGUUUUCCGGCAGCCGAGACAAAACGAUUCGCGUCUGGCGAGUCGACGACAUGGUCUGCGUGCAUGCGCUCCUUCAACACAGCGCGGAGGUCAUUUCGCUCACGUCAAGCAGCGCCCACGGGCUCCUCGUGAGUGGAGCUGCGAACGGCGAGAUUUUCGUCUGGUGCGUGGAGACCCUCGAGGUCGUCUACGCCCUCAGUACGGCCUGUGUCGGAGAGACGCGGCCCCCCUUCCUGCCUCCCAUGUUUUCGCAGGCUGUUGGAGCAGCCGGCGAGGCAGACGGCGCCGCAGCCGACGACCUGCGCCCGGCAUCGGCCGCUCGCCUGGCCCGCGGGGGUGGCCAGGGCGUCGCAGUCACGGCGCUGCUGCUGGUGGGGCGAACAGCCGCGGCGGAGCAGUGCGGCGCGCGCCGACGCCGGAGUCCCGGAAUGGUUCUGUCGGGUGUAAACCCCCAGCGCAGCGGCGACGACCCGCGUGGAGAGAAGGACGAGGCAGCCGCAGCUGAAGGGCGCGCCCCACAGACGGCCUCGAGCCGGAGUCGAAACCGCGAAUCCCUCGGAACGCUUGAGGCCACCGAAGCCGGGGAAGGUCAUCAGCGGAAAGAGACGCAUUUCGCGGCGAGGACCGAGGACGGCAGCAGUGGGGAAUCGAGUGUAGAGAGCAGCAGCGGGCAGAGCUCUGACGACGACGAAGAGGCGAACAUGCUUCUAGAGGGAGACGGCACCGAUACGGUACAGCUGUGGGCCGCGACGGGCAACGGCCUUCUGCGCGUGUGGCAAGUCCCCUCGCUAAAAGACCGGGGGAGACACUUCGCCGUCCUCGCAGCCCUCACGGAGACGUCGCAGCCUGCGGGCGACGCCGAGGCGCAAGCUGGAGCCCAGAAGUCGCGGCGCGAGAGACCGCAGCGGGCGGGGUCUCCAGAGCUCAGUCAGGCUAAAGAAGAGACAGAGACACAACAUCCUCCCACCGUGGCCAGCCUUGCCGUCGCUUCGCGAGGCCCACGGGUUGCGGCCGUGUCUCCAACUCCGCGUUUCAGUUUCCGGUACCUCCAGGAUUUCCCGGACGCCUCUGUGGCUUUCGGAUCCCCUGUCGUCGACAGAGCCUUGGUGUCGUCUUCGUCCUGCUUCAUGAAUCUUCUGCGACGCUUCGUCGCCCUGCGCUCCGUCUCAGGCUCACCCGCCUGUGUGAUUCCAGGCUGGCAAGCCGCCUCCUUCCUCGCCUCCUGCUUCGAACGACUCCUAGGCGCCGAGGUCCAGCUCCUCCCCACUUCCCCUUCUGCUUCCUCUUCUUUCUCUUCUUUCUCUUCUUCUGCUUCUGCGUGCACUCGCUGCUCUGCGUCGGAGCGCGCGGCUGGGGACGCCGGAGACGGUGCCCCUGGUGUCUGUGGGGGCGGCGUUGGGCCUCGCAGAGAGACAGGCUCCUGUUUCUUGCGUUGCGGACCGCAGUCGGCUGCGGGAGAGACAGCGGGCUUGCCGAUUGUGCUUGCGCGUUUGGGGCGCGACGCAGGGAAGCCCACGGUCGUCUUCUACUCGCACUACGACGUUGUGGGGGCGGAGUCGAGCGGCGAAGAGCCUGACUUCCGGGUGCUGUGUGGGGCAUCGCCGCGCGAGGGGACCCACCGACAGGGUCCGGAGAGACACGGCCUGCAACCGAACGGAAACAGUGGCGGGGCCGGACGCGAGUCGAGAGGCGCCUCGGGGACCACGAGCGAGGCGAGCGAGAGGGAGAGAGACGCUCAGAGUGUCUGCUUCUGGAGAAGCAAUCCGUGGAGCGUGUGGGGUGAGGACGGCUACGUUUACGGCCGAGGCGUGAGCGACAACAAAGGCCCUAUUCUCUGCACGCUCUUCGCGGUGCGGGCCUUCGUUCGCCACCACCGGAGACGGAGACACCUCGAGCUUAAAGCAGAGAGAGAGAGGAGGGAAGGAACUGGAACCGCCUCGCGAGAGAGGACUAGACGGACGCAAAAGGGCCUGCCUUUCAACUUCGUCUGGAUCUCCGAAGGCCGAGAAGAAAGCGGGAGUGGCGGCUUCGAGGACGCCCUCAAAAAGCAUCUCACCUGGAUUGUCGGAAACAAAUUCUUCGUCAUCUGCACCAACAGCUACUGGAUCGACGACGUCCACCCCUGCCUCGUGUACGGGAUGCGGGGCGUGGUCGACGCUCGGAUCGUGGUGAAGGGAGGCGAAGAGCGUACCGGGCACCACUCUGGGGUGCAUGGAGGGGCGGUCGCGGAGCCUCUCCAGGAGUUGCUGCAUGUCGUCUCCAGUCUCACAGAGGUGAAGUCGGGGCGAGUGCGUGUGCCACAGUUCUACGACGACAUUCUUCCACUUUCUGACGAAGAAGUAUCGUCACUCACGCAAAUUCCUCUCGACGCAGCAACGUACGGCGCGUCUGUCAAACGCGCAGGCCUCAGAAGCCGCGAUGGACCCACCCUUCUCCGAAAGAGGUGGCUAGAGCCGUGUCUGUCGGUCGUGAACAUAUCGUCUUCGGCGCAGUGUCUGGUCGACAGCGCAGCGGCGGUUUUCUCUUCGGUCCCUGCUCUCCCGGGGUGUACAGACACCCCUGAGCACGCGCGCUGCGACCACGCCCAUGCCUCUCGCGACAGUCUGGCCAUUUCUGGAGGCGGAAACUUCCGCAUCAUUCCCGCCGCGGCCUUUUGCGACAUUUGCAUUCGCCUGGUCCCUUCGCAAAACCCGGUCACCGUCUUCCUUGCCCUGAAACGCUACGUCGAGGCACUCGUCCGAGACAUGCAGUCGGAGCACCAGGUGUUCGUCCAUUUGGUCGGCCACGGCCAAGGCUGGAAGACGAACAAGCAAAGCGAGAGCGCGAAGGCGCUCUUCUCGGCGGCUCAACAGGCUGUUCAAGAAAUCUGGGGCGUGGAACCUCUCCACAUUCUCGAAGGAGGAUCGAUGCCGGUGAUCAAACUCUUGACGGAUCUUUUGAUUCGACACAUUGCCCUUUCGAGAGGAUCUUCUGCUUCGUGUCCUCCCCGUUCUUGUCUCCGUUCUCCUUCUUUUUCUUCUUCUUCUUUCGCGGGGCUCGAGAAGCAGCGACGCGCGAGCGAGAAGCCGGACCUCUCGGCGGGGAGUCUCCAGGGAAACGAAGGACAGGACACAGAAGGACAGACCGAGGAAGAUGGAAGCUUCGACGACGUCGUCGCCAUUCAGAUUCCCCUCGGCCAAGCCAGCGACAAUGCUCAUCUGCCCAACGAACGCAUUCGCGUCAUCAAUCUGUACCGCGGUGUCAAGGUGUUGGAGCGCACGCUGGAUCUGUUAGCUCAAUUGCAGAGGAGAAUCUUGUGUUGAUUCGUUCUCUCUGUCUUCGCUGUCGCCUCUGUGUUUUUGCCGUCUUGGGUCUCGGGGGACAGCCGCCGUGCGAGACAGAACCGCUGUGGGGAGGUCCGCUUGCGCCUGUGGGCAGAAAUGGGGAAAAGGCAGGUGACUCGACGGAUCGACUGAAGAGGGAACGGGUGGCUCAACGGGAGACGCGAGACGUGACCUCUGAGCAGAGCGGGAAAGAGGAUGAGGCAAGCCUUGGGGGGGGGGGGGCAAGGAGUCAACGCAGGGCUUGGGUUUCCGUCGAGAAAAGAGGUCACCACGGCGUACGGAGCACUUCAGCUCGGGCGUCCACAGUCUGCGUGUCCAUUCGCUUGUCCUUGUUUUAGUGCACAGACCCCAGUGGUACAGAUGCACAUUCCAUUCCGUAGAGGCAUACCGUUCACGGCUGUCCAGUAUAGAUGUAUCGCAGUUCGUGUACUCAUACCACAUGUUGUCGCUGCCAGAUAGGCCGAAGUGAACUUAAGAUGCGCGUCUCUGGGCGCCUGCAGGUGUCAUUUCCGAACGACCGUCGCACACCGAUCCUGACACAGGACACGAUCCGCAAAAGGGCAUGUGCGUGGACUCUAAAUUUCUGCAGGAGAAAAGGGAAACACCCAACCGUUUCUCCGACAUAGAUCUGCCGUCCUUAUCGUCACUCA